AUGAAGACCAAUGGCAGUAGCAGCACUAAUAACAAUGAUAUAUCAUCCAAACGAUCAACAAUGAAAACAUCAUCACCAUCAUCAUCAAUAGGAAUUUUAUCUUCAAUGAACAGUAAUAAUAAUAAUAAUAAUUCUUCAAUAAAUAAUGACAAUCGUAUAAAAUUUGUCGAUAUGCUGGUAUGUGGUUCAUGUCAACAAGAUUUUCAAUUGUCGGAUAUCAUUAAAUUUAUUGAACAUAAAGCAAUAUGUGGUAAUAAAGAAAAUAAACGAAAAAUUCCGUAUUUUUUAUCUCAACGACGACAAAGAAAAGGUGACAAUGAUGACGAAGAUGAUGAUUACGACGAUGACGAUGAUGAGGAUAAUGAGAUUGAUGAUGAAGACAAAAGUCAACUAAGUACUAAUUCAAGUGGGAAUGAAAAUGAACAUGACACUCAUCAUUCUCAUCAUCAUCAUCAGGUGACUUUAAAAAAGCAGUCCACAUUAUCAAAAGUACUUGUUGAUGCUGGUGCCAAUACUUUGAACAGUACAAAUGAGCCUUAUAAUUUUGAAUGUAGUCAAUGUGGUGAUGUAUACAGUACAGCUUGGUAUCUCAUUCAACAUUAUCAACGAAUGCAUGGUAUAAAAAUGUACAGUACAUGUCUUAAUGAAAAUCCUUCAGUUAAUAAUAAUAAUAAUAAUAAUAAUAAUCCAAUAGCAUCGAUGAAUACUAGUUCAUUGUCAAGUGACACAUCAAUGUUGAACAUUGAUCUAAGUCUACUUGAAGCUGCACUUAAAAAUGUUACCUCAUCCAAUCGAUCACUCACAUCAUCGACAACAUUUGCAUCAAAUCAGUUGAUUGCAGCGGCUAAUGCUACUCGAUCAGCACAGAAGCAGCAACACCACCACCAACAACAACAGCAACAGUCGCAUUCGUCACGAGCGACAACCGAUAGUGGAUAUCUCUCGGCAGGUGCCCAUUCGAAGAUCAGUGUGCCCUUAUCAACGUUUAAUUCACCAUCAUUAAAUCCUACAUAUCCCAGUUUAUUACAAGAAGUUGCGCAUCGAUCGACUUCGAUUGUCAAAUUGCUUACUGAAGCAGCUAAACAACAAUCGUCGAAAACAUCUGAAAAAGAUAAAACUACUAAUGAUGCAAUAUCGAUAACAGACACACAAUUUCUUACACCCAAAGCAAUUGAUGUUACAACAACUCGAGUCGAAAACGACUCGAACAAUAAUGUACAUAGUUACGGAAGUACAACUCAUAAUACACGACGUCAAAAACGGCGUCGACCAACAGAUUCAGGUCAAAGUGAUGAAUAUGAACAAAAAAGAUCAAUUCCAUCAGCCGUUGUUCCUUCGCGGCGUCCGUCAGCAUCAUCAACACGUUCAGUUUGCUUUUCAUCGUCUGAAGACGAACCAGGAACAUUAAUAUCUUAUCAGCCAGAGCUAAAUAAAAAUAAAACAAAUACCAUUCAAACAUCUAUACAACAACCAUCAUCUCAGUCACAACGAAAGCGUCAUCAACGUAAGCCAACUCGACUAUCAAACGGUAUGACACAACAACAACAACAACAACAACAACCAUUAAAUAUUUCAAUUAAAAAUGAACCAUCAACAGCAGACGACAAUCGAUUGUUGAUUAAGAAGAAAACUGGAUUACUCGUUACGAAUAGUGGAAAUUCUUCCAAUGAAAAUUAUCAAUGGUUUCAUCAAGCUUUUCGAUCCAUGGUAUCUUCGAAUGAUGCUGAUUCACCAAUACAACUUGAUUCUUCUCCACCACCAUCAAGUUCAAUAAUUAAGAGCGGUACUGGUUUAGUACCAGCACGUUCAUCUUCAUCACUAUCGAGUACACCGCCAAGUUCCACGUCAAUACUUAAUUUAUCAACAACAAGCGGUACCAAUAAUAAUAAUAAUACCGGUGACCAAAAUAUGAUUGAUCAUUCUCAAUCAUCACUUUAUGGAAAAACUUCUCAUCAAACAAGAGUAACAAAUCAAACAAAUUUAAAUGGUGGUCAUGUAUCCAGCCCAAAUUCCCAACGGGUCAUAAAACGUGAUCGACGGAAUGAUACAUGUGAAUUUUGUGGAAAAGUUUUUAAGAAUUGUUCAAAUUUAACUGUUCAUCGACGAAGUCAUACAGGUGAAAAACCGUACAAAUGUGAACUAUGCGCCUAUGCAUGCGCCCAAUCAUCAAAAUUAACACGUCACAUGAAAACUCAUGGUCGUGAUGGUAAUGAAGCAUUUCACUGUCGAUAUUGUUCAAUGCCAUUUUCUGUGGCAAGUACAUUAGAAAAGCAUAUGCGUCGUUGUGAACGUAAUCCACAAAUUCUUUCUGUAUUUAAACAACAACAACAACAACAUUUACUUGCAAACAGAACAGGUUCCAAUAGAAGAUCAACAAAUGAUAUUAAAAGUGAAUAUUCUAUAGAUGAUAGUGAUGAAAUAAUUGCUAAUGAUUAUUCAUCAUUUGCUGAAAUAAUUGACGAACAACAUGAUCUUGGCGUCGAAGAAGAUGAUGAUGAAAUAGAUCUUAACGAAGAAAGUGAACAUGCUUCAAACGAGCAAAGUUGA